AUGCAUUUCGAUACUAUGAAACGUGAUACUAUCCACUGGGGUUACUCUAGCACAAAAAGCAUGAAAACAUUCUCUGGCUGUUUGGUUGCCCUGCUGCAGGCAGCCGGGCUCCGGCGGCGGCCAAACGCUCCCACCGGGCCGCCUGGGCCGCCACCGCGCCUCGGGGCUCCCGGAGCCCGGGCCUCGGCGGCCCGCGACGCACACGGUGGGGGACAGCGGACGCCCCGGUCGGUCCUCGUCCCUCCGGAGCCCGGCCCGCCGUCACCCCGCCGCGAGCCCGCCUCGGCCUUCCGCCACCGUUACCCCCGCGGCCUCGCGGCUCCCGUGGAGAAGAUGGAGAGGACGGGGAAGGAGGAAGCGGAAGGGGCGCCGCGAGCCGCCGCGGUCGCGGAGCGCGGUCCCCGCGGGCUCCGUCCCCCGCGCGCGGCCUCCCCGCUCGGACGCCUCUUCGGCGGAGCUGCUCCGCGCCGACCGACCAGUCGCCGGGCGCAAGAUGGGGCCGGGGGGCGGCCGGCGGCGGCUCCAUGGGCGCCGCCAUUUUGUGAGGCGCCGCGGAGCGCGGCCGUGUGUGUAAUGGUUGAAGAGAGCGGCCCCCUCCAGGGAAUCCCCGGCGCUGACGGUUACGCAAGGGGCCGUGCGCAAGUGCCGCGCGCAGGGAACCCGCACGGCCCGGCCGCCCGCCCGCCGGCCUCGAGGCGCCCGGGGAAGGGGCCGCCGGCCCGGCCCGGCCUCCCCGCCCCGGCCGCUCGCCCGCAGCCCGGCCGGGGUCCCCGCCCCUCGCCAGGCUUGCGAGACACUCACUGGUCCUCGGGUGUCAGGCAUCUCCUAGCCACACCUUACUCCGACCCCGGCUCGAGACGAGACAAACUUUCCCUGGGAAAUAAAUCCGUUUCCUCGAGCGAGCGCCGGCAGCAGCCUGCUCCGCCGCCUUACAUAACCCCUCCUGCCCCCUCGCCGCCGGGCGGGUGCUCCCGCCGCGGAGCCCCCCUGGGCGAACCCGCCGGGCUCCGAGCGCCGUGA